AUGGCCGACGACGCUCCCGACGCCAGCCCCAAGAACGAACCCCUCAACGUCGAGACAAAGGAGGACGCAGAGACACGCGCCACACGUCGCGAACUUAAGCAGUCUUCUAUCUCAGAUCCCCCAACGUCUGGCGCCGAAGAUGCUGCCAACACCUCGGAUGCGCCCGAUAAGGAUAUGAAGGAGCAGAUCACUUCACCUAAGAAGAAGCGAGCACACGAUCAACUAGAAGGAAGCAAGGAGGCAGAGGAAAAUGAUACGAAUAGCAUAGCUUCUUCCGAUUCGGCCAAAGACAGAUCUUUAAGACUGGAGCCCGAGAAGAAGCGACACCGCGACGAGGAUACAGAGGCUCAAUCGACAGCUACUUCCAACCAAGAGUCGGCCAAAGAAACCGAGGCGGGCACGUCACCCACGAAAAAGUCUCAACCACAAACGUCUGCUAGCGCUUUUGCGGCAUCUGGAUUUGGCAAGCUAUCUUCUGGCACAUCGCCUUUUGCUUCGCUCGGUGGCUCUCAGGGGUCCAGUCCUUUUGCCUCAGCCAUCGCCGGCAAGCCCUCGCUGAGCUCAUUUGCUUCUCCAUCCGCAUCCCCAGCUGCGCAGCCGGCAGCAGCGCCCAAGCUGACCUUUGGUGGCUCCGGCGGAGCGUCACCCUUUGCUGGUCUUUCGUCUGGGACUAACGGAAGCCCUUUCGGUGGAAGCACUUUUGGAUCCGCUCUCGGGGCUGGCAAACCUCUCUCGAGCUUCGCCGCACCCGGAGCAGAGGCGCCUAAAAGUGAGAAGCCUGCGAAACCCUUUGGAGCUCCCGACAGUGACGUGGAGGAGGAAGGGGACGACGACGAUGACGAGAGGGAGGAGAGCGAACAACCUGCCGAGACCGAGCGGGCUGCUUCUCCGGAGAAGGAAUCCGACGAAAAGAAGAAGCUCAAGCUACAGAAAAUUGAGGUCAAUGAUGGCGAAGCUGGAGAAGCAACAAUUGUAUCUGUGAGAGCCAAGAUGUUCUAUCAUGACAAGGAAGCCGGCUGGAAAGAACGAGGCGCAGGUAUGUUGAAGAUCAACGUGCCUGUAGCCUGUGUCGAGUACGACGACAACGGUGCUGUUAUACCCGGAUCAUUUGAUGCUUCAGCUCUUGAAGAAGACGAGGAGGCAGCAGGGGGAACGCAAGGACACAAGGUUGCCCGUCUCAUCAUGCGCCAGGAUCAGACUCAUCGAGUCAUUCUCAACACAGCACUUGUUGCUGCUAUGGAAUUCCAAGAAAAAGCUUCAUUGAAGUCCGUGGGAAUUCUCUUCACAGCUUUUGAAGGUGCAGAAUCUAAGCCCGUGAGCAUCACUAUGCGGAUGUCAGCCGCGAAUGCUAAGAUCUUCAUGAAUGAAAUUGGCAGCAUCCAAAAGGAACUCCAAGACAGUUAG